AUGGUCCUUUCCAGGGGGUUUGUGACUGUUGCCUUAGUAGUUUAUACUGUGCUCAGCAAGUUCGCCAAUUCCGUUACUGCGAAAAGCCUACACGACAACUCGCCCAAAUGUGACUGCUAUGUCACCAAUGGCCGCUCGUCGGCAUUUUUCCAAUACCAUCGAUUUUUUGACUUUGGAGACGUCUCAACCGACAGUGUCUACGAUAGCGAGCCUGCCAAUGUUACAGAUUCUCAGUCCAGCGGUGAUGAGCCUAGCCAGCAAGGAUACAUUAGGUCUCAUGCCUUCUCAAAAGACUGGAGCAUUCAAACCUGGGGACGCAAAAGCACUCCUCCCGUUUAUCCUGUCACUAUGCAGAUGUCUCCUCAAAAUGUCUUUAUCCAACGCAAUCCCGAGGAAUUGCCCAGUACACACUUAACUCUGCGUGCCUACCGCAGCAGGAACUUUUAUUCCACCGCGGAGAUACAGUACCAACAACGGAAUCUCCUCCAUGCCUCGAUUCGACUCCGUGCUCGCAUCCGUGGAGCAUCCGGGUCUGUGGCCGGUAUCUUCGUUUACCUUAACGACACCCAAGAAUCUGACAUUGAGAUCUUAACAAACGACCCAUCCAAUCAUAUCCGACUUACCAAUCACCCGGUGUUUGAUAGUGAUGGUGUAUAUGUCCCUAAUGCUAUGUCCGACGUUGAGCUUCCAGCUCCCACCGUGUGGACCGACUGGGUGACAUAUCGGUUAGAUUGGACGCCGACCAAGAGCUCCUGGUAUGCGAACGGUCAGUGGCUGUUCGAGAAGGAGUACGGUGUCCCACGAUUCCCAAGCGUUCUGAUUAUCAACAUGUGGGGUAACGGUGGCACUUGGGCAGGAAACAUGACUCUAGGGUCAGCUGCAUACCUUGACAUUCGUUGGAUCGACGUGGUUUUCAAUACUUCCGGACCAGUCACUGGGUAUACACCGGAUGAAACGAAGAGGAAAUUCAGGCGAGACACAGGCCUCCUCGAAAAAAGAGAAGAUGACGACAACUGCCACCGUGUUUGUGCUGUGGAUGAUAUACCGGCAGUAGGGUUUCCCGUUCUUGUUUCCGAUGCCACCCGGACGACCUGGUAUUCUCAACGGACACUCGAAUAUAUUCUAGCGAUAACUCUGGCAGUGGUCGUCAUUAUAUAA